CCUCCUGGCACCAGCCGAGCGCAGGGCGAUGGCUCCCCACGUCAAGGAGCCAUGCGGCUACCCGGCACCCCUUUGUUCGGGGAGGUAAUUAGCCUAAUGGGGCCACGGGGAGCCGACCCGCACGCUGUCGGGAGCCGGCCAGCGCCGACCUUCAGCCCUUUUGUGCCGGCCGGGCCGCGGGGCACGCGGGCAAUUACGGCCUCAUUAGUGCCACUCGCCCCAUCCACCGCGCCCGGCCGGUGAGCACCCACACAAUGAGGAGCUGCAAAUGAGGGGAAAGGCCUGGCCGGUCUCCGAGCUACCGGCCACAGCGCGCCCGCGUCUCCCAGAGACCGGCUGCUCCCGCCUGGCCCCGACGGUAUUUUUGGCAGCACUAUUGUGCCGGGCACUAUAAAGCGGUGGCUGCAGUGCUGGGCGCUGCGCUCUUGGCUGCCCGGCGGGACAUGCCCCAGCGCCGCUCGGCUGCCUGAGGACCCCGGGAAGGAUGGAGGUGCCCAACGCCAAGCUCCAGCGAGCUGCCUGCCUCCUGCUGCUGCUCCUGCUCUGCUCCCUGGCUGCUGCUCGGCAGAGUCUGCCCGAGUGCUGCCGGCAGAAGACCUGCUCCUGCCGCAUUUACGACCUCCUGCACGGCAUGGGCAACCACGCCGCCGGCAUCCUCACGCUGGGCAAGAGGAAGAGCGUCCCGCCGGCCUUCCAGAGCCGGCUCUACCGCCUGCUGCACGGCUCCGGCAACCACGCCGCCGGCAUCCUCACCAUGGGCAAGCGCGGGGAGCGGCACCCUGGCACCGCCUGCCACGACGCCUCGGGCUGCCCCGCGGGCACGGACGCCCAGCCGACGCCGGGGCUGCGGGGUGCUGACACCAGCCCUGCCAGCCCCGGCGAGUGCCAGGGACACGCGGGGAAGGAGCUGAGCAAGAGCCAGGCCCAGGGAGCUGCCAAGGGCUUUUACUGAGCGAGGGGGGGGGGGCAGUGGGAGCAGAGAGGUGACCCCUGGGGGGACGGAGCCCGGGGACACGCAGCGCGGUGUAAAUAGCGCUUUUACAUACCUCCUCCUGGCCCCGGCCGAGCCUGCUCAGGGCACCGCAGGCACCGCUGGCCUUUUACAAUAAAUGGUAGCCUGAUGUUA